AGCUAGGGUGACGGCGGCCAUUUUGUGUCAGGAGGCUGGAGAAGAAAGACGGGCUCGUCUUCAGCAUUAACGAUUCCUGACUCAGGUCGGCUCGUUAGAGGCCCCGGAAAUUGAUUCUGAACGGCUCUUUAGCCAGAGAAGCAAAGCUGCUAAAGCUGUCUUCGCAGAGAUAAAGGAGAGGCGAAAGCAACAGCAGUUGCGGUUGGGCCUCUUAGGUCGGGCCGCCUUUCUUCGGCUUUACUGCCCACGUAGUCUUGCGGCAGGAGCCUCUUUCGACCUGGGAAGAUGCGAGGCUUCGGAGAUCGAGGCCGCGACCGUGACCGCGGCGGGUUUGGCAGCCCUCUUCCUCCCAAAAAAUUUGGAAAUCCAGGAGAACGCUUGCGUAAGAAGAAAUGGGAUUUGAGUGAAUUGCCCAAGUUUGAGAAAAACUUUUAUGUUGAACAUCCAGAAGUAGCAAGGCUCACUCCAUAUGAGGUUGACGAGUUAAGAAGAAAGAAGGAGAUUACAGUUAGAGGAUCAGAUGGUUGUCCCAAGCCCGUAUUUGCUUUCCACCAGUGUAAUUUUCCACAGUAUGUAAUGGAUGUCUUGAUCGACCAGCAUUUUACAGAACCAACUCCAAUUCAGUGUCAGGGUUUCCCAUUGGCCCUUAGUGGUCGUGAUAUGGUGGGCAUUGCACAAACUGGCUCUGGGAAGACAUUGGCAUACUUGUUACCUGCAAUUGUUCACAUCAACCACCAGCCAUAUUUGGAAAGAGGGGAUGGUCCAAUUUGCUUGGUUUUAGCUCCUACCCGAGAGCUGGCACAACAAGUUCAACAGGUAGCUGAUGAUUAUGGUAAAUGUUCAAGAUUGAAGAGUACAUGUAUAUAUGGAGGAGCACCCAAAGGUCCCCAAAUCAGAGACCUGGAGAGAGGUGUUGAAAUUUGUAUUGCUACACCUGGACGUUUGAUUGAUUUCCUUGAAGCAGGAAAAACUAACCUUCGCAGAUGCACAUACCUUGUACUAGAUGAAGCUGACAGAAUGCUGGAUAUGGGUUUUGAACCUCAAAUCCGUAAAAUUGUUGAUCAAAUUCGGCCUGACAGGCAGACUCUGAUGUGGAGUGCCACUUGGCCAAAGGAGGUGCGCCAGCUGGCUGAGGAUUUCUUGCAUGACUACGUCCAGAUCAAUGUGGGCAACCUGGAGCUGAGUGCCAAUCACAAUAUCCUGCAAAUAGUGGAUGUUUGCAUGGAAAGCGAGAAGGAUCAUAAACUAAUACAACUGAUGGAAGAAAUCAUGGCUGAAAAAGAGAAUAAGACUAUUAUCUUUGUGGAGACAAAGCGACGAUGUGAUGAUCUAACUCGAAGGAUGCGUAGAGAUGGUUGGCCAGCUAUGUGUAUUCAUGGAGACAAGAGUCAGCCAGAACGAGAUUGGGUGCUUAAUGAAUUCCGUUCUGGAAAGGCCCCUAUCCUCAUUGCUACGGAUGUUGCAUCUCGUGGGCUAGAUGUGGAAGAUGUAAAGUUUGUGAUAAACUACGACUAUCCAAACAGCUCGGAGGAUUAUGUGCACAGAAUUGGUCGUACCGCCCGUAGCACCAACAAAGGCACUGCCUAUACAUUCUUCACACCAGGAAAUCUGAAACAGGCUAGAGAGCUAAUAAAAGUGCUAGAGGAAGCCAAUCAGGCCAUCAAUCCCAAAUUGAUGCAGCUUGUGGACCAUAGAGGAGGAGGUGGUGGUGGAGGUGGUCGUUCUCGUUACCGUACUGCUAAUUCUUCCAACAACCCAAAUUUGAUGUACCAGGAGGAAUGUGAAAGGAGGCUUCGGGGAGUUAAAGAUGGCCGAAGAGAUUCAACUACCUUUCGAGACCGUGAUCGUGGUGACAGCUUUGCCAAUGGAGCCAACAAGGCCUAUGGUGGUGCAUAUGGGAAUGCAAAUUCUGCAUUUGGGGCACAGCAGAGCCAAUACGGUUAUGCCCAGGGAGCCUAUGGAGCUGCUGCUUAUGGUACAAGUGGCUAUGGGGCAGAAUAUGGUGCUGCUGGGUAUGGUGGAGCCACUACUGCCAAUGCCGGGAGAAACACACAGAGCACUGGCCAACAGCAGUAUGCAGGGAUGGGCCGUUCAGGCCAGCAACCACAGCCUCUCAUGUCGCAACAGUUUCCUCAGCCUCCAGGCACCAACGUAAUGGGCUAUAUGGGACAGACUGCCAACUACCAAUAUCCACCCCCUCCUCCACCCCCUCCUCCUUCACGCAAGUGAGACCAUUUAGUUUGGCAGUUACCAGUCAAGAUUUGCAAUUAAGACCUUCUCUUCUUCCUAACUCUUUCCCCUUUCAGCCCUCAUUGUGAUGUUUUUCCCCCCAUGCAGGUUAGUCAUAGAGUUCACCAUUCAAAUUCAGCCCACAAACAAUGAUCCCAGUAUGCAUUACUGAUUUUGUUCUUAAUAUUAGCUGGAAACUGACUCUCUAUAUAUUGGCCUUGCACAUUAAGUAAUCUGGAAGUAUUUUCUCUCAAAGACUGCACAGGGCUGAUAUGUCCCAGUCCAGUUGUCAUUGUGUCUGAGGCUUGUGUGUGAAAACUUGCUGCAGAGAGGACAACUACUCCAUGUUGUAAACAUCAAGAAGGAUGGUGCUAAGGAGUGCUCCAUUCUUAAGUGAAUAUUAAAGAUGGUGUGAUUUUUGAAGUUGAGACUGUUUUUGUACAAUGAUAAAUGAACUGAGACCUUGGAUAUGGCAAGGGUAAUUUUGGAAAAGAUAAUCUGGUUUGACUCAAUACAUGAUUGUUCCAAACUUGCACCCCACAGGUAGAACAUUAAAUAUUUUUAGCUAGCAUUCCUGUAGCUCCUGGUUGGGAAAAGGAUGUAAUAAUAAUUGGAGAUGAGUGUUCUUUUCCGCUGGAGUGUACUUCACCCCAGGUUUAAUCACAAAACUGUACUUCUAGGUUAAUUGGAGUUUCUCUGUAGCUCUUAAAUUACUAGUAACUGGAUUUUCACCUAAGGGAUCACAAAUGAAGCCUUGACCCCAUGUUUCAGCUGCUGGGAUUAAGAUCACACUUCAGCAGAAGAAGGUACAGAGGAUGCUAACCAGUUUCCAUUUAUUUGGCAUCUUUCGUCUUGAUAUUGAGUACCUUUCAUUGGACAGGUGCAGGAUCCCUCUGCUCUAUGUAAAAUGGUUAAAUUUUCCUAUUUCAAAUCUUAAAAGGUUUACUUUAGGCUAAAUGGAAUCUAAACUUCUCUUUAUGGGGGAGGAAGAAGAGGUGGCUAAGAUGUCUUGGAGCUGUAUUCAUACCCUGAUGUGACUAGGGCUUUCCUUGGCUUUUGAGUGAAUUUCUUCAACUGUCUUUUGCAUUCAGCUUUUACAGGUAGGUAGCAUUCUAGGAAACUUUAGGAAAGGAUGGAACUUAAGGAAACAGUUCCAUUCAGUCUUUUUUUUUUCCUCCCAGGCUGAGCAAGGCUUUAGGUUGGGGGCUGGGGUGGCUGGGGUGGGAUUCUUGUUCAAGUACUAAGGCUUAUGUCUUGUGACUAUUAGCAGAAAGGUUGGUAGUAGUUGGCUUUUAUAGUGCAUUACCUGAAAUGUUCUGAUAACAUGGCAGGGAAUCACAUAUUGAUUGAGAGGCAUAAUGUUUGUGCUACAGCGUUAUUUUCUGUUUGGGGAAAUGUAUAGUUCAAACAAAUAAGGCAGUCCUUUUCUUCUAUAGCAAUAUGGGGCUCGCUAAUAAAAUUGGGUUUUGAAUUUGUGUUCCCCAGUGUAAAAAACAAGUUGGGGAAAUGUAAUCACUUUUGUGUCUUGUAUGCAACAUGCAGGUAGGUUGGUGACACAGACUAUGGGAGGGAAAUGUUUGCCAGUUAAAUUUCUUUUGCCUUCUUUGACUUCCAUAAUUGUAAGCUGGCAAAAUGAGUCCUCUGGCAAGAAGCUUUGAUGCUGAAAGACCAGAAAUGAACAUUCGUUUACUGAACACUGACUAAUCCAUGUUUCCUUCCUGGAAAGCCAUCAUGGAGGUGUUUGUUCAUGCAGAGAUGAAUCUACAAAAAUAGGGUGUGUGGAAAGAAUGCGUAUUUCCCCACUGUCCUAAAAGCAGAUUCGGAGAGUCAAGAAUGCUGUGUGGUCUUAGUCUUCAGCAAUCUCUGCAGACGUAAAACUCUGGGCCUUGCAGUACUUUCUUGUAGCUUGAAGAGCUACAGCCCAGAGUUGCUCAUGCUCAGAGUAUUAAUCAGCCUUUGAGUGCUCUGUGGCAUGUACUGCUUGUGUCCCACCUGGUGCUGCUUGGUUCCACUUACCAGCUUAAAGAGCCCUGUUGACAAGCAGUAAUGUCCACUGUUUCCCCAGUAAACCUUUGUAGAAAUACCAGUACAGCAUAUCUUUCUUUUCAGACAAGUGACUGUGUGGGCUUUGUUCAGUUGGAAGAUUUAAACUCUAAACAUUAGAGGCUUUGUGGGUGGGAUCAGUGCUCUGUUUCAACCUUUACUGGUAUUUGAACACAUUCCUGUUGUAUUAAUAAAGACUUGAAUGGAGAGAUUCAUAGCUCUGUGGUGUUCAGGCACAGCAUACUAAAAAGCUAUGUUACUAUUAGUUUGUAAAUUGUCCUUUUGAUACCAUCUUGUUUUCUUUUGUAGGUAUGAAUAAAACACUGUUGUCAAUAAA